UUGGUAUUUUAAUAAACAUCUGUUGAGAUUGAGCUGACUUUGAGUUCUGGUAUUAUAUCCUAGCGGAGAUGAGGUGCUGAGCUCAGUCCCAGGUGGGGAGGCAGAGCAUCAAUCUCACUGUAGUAAUGUGCCUUUUUUUUUUUUUUUUUUUUGCGGUGAAAGCAGCAUCCGCGUGUGCAGAAGGGCAGUAUUUAAUCUUUGCUUUGCUCUGUAAAAGUCAACAGGAUAGGCAAGGUGUAGGUCAGGUUGCAUUCGUGGCUUUUAGAGUCACAGGUCCAAAUUCAAUGCUACCCUGAAGUGAAAAUGUAUCUUUAGACUUAGAGAAACUCUCCUUUGGGUCUCCGUGUGUAGGAACGUGUGUGUUUAGGUACUAGAAGUGUGAAAGAUUUUCACUGUGCUCCCCUGAACCCUAACGUACUUGGGAUUUGUUGUUCCCCUCCUUAACGCUGUAUAGGGAAGGAGUGGAUGGAAAUAGAAACUGUAACACUAGUCAAGCCAAAGAAUUUCUUGCCUGGCAAGCGGUGAGCUAUUGGAUCUUUACUAUUCUUCUUUAAUUGAAACAAGAUGGUUUAUAAUGCUUGUGGCAGCUUGGGGCUCAGAUAGCCUGUAACAGAUCUCUGGGAGACUCAACCGCAAGAGAGUUGCAAAUGCAGCCCUUGCUUGAUCAGGAGGCACACGAUUGAAAAGUCCACUUAACUAGGACACCUCCCAGGAAAUCGGUGCAGCGUGGUGUCCGUAAGGAUCGGGACGAAGUUAGCACAAAACUUGUUGAAUGGCAACAGAAGUGAUGGGAAUGCCAGUUGUGAAGUAAUGCUCAGCCAGAUGUGAAACGGGAGUGAAUUUCCGAGCAGGUUGCCAAAUAAGGAUUAGAAGCGGGGACUAAUUCGUAUUCUGUAUGCAGUAAGAUAUUUUAUUCCUCUGCAUGUUUUUAGGCUGUUUUAAAUGACUAAAUACUACUGGUCUGACUUAAUCAAGACAACAGGCGGCUCGGUGAACUGCAAAAACAAAAGGGAGAUCAGUAAACGCUAGAACAUCUUUGUGAAGCAGGCUGUGGCAGGCAGUCAGCUGAGAACUUUUAACAGAUACAUUUUGUAAAACAGAUUUGUAUCGAAGAUGUUGCUGGAUGAUAUAUUCUGUGACGUUAUAGACAUUGAGGGUUUUGAUAAGGUAUCUUCUACCUGAGCUGGAUUUUUAGGGAAGAGCUUUGAGGAUUUCAGAGGGCCAGAAGUCUUUAAAAAGUUGGCCAACUUGCGAUUUAGAAGGUUGACUCCUCACUGCACUGUGAAAACCAUUAGGAAAAAGUCCUUGGGGUUAAAACCUGGGGCUCCACAGUGUUACCUGCACUUGGGGCUAGAAAUUAAUUUAAAUGGCGACUGAUCUGUCUGAAGCUGAACCCGUGCAUCAUAAGGCGCUUCCACUCUUAACGGGAGCUCAGCUGAUCCACACGGACAAGUUAAGUGAGAAAGUUGAAGACGACACGAUGCCGAUCCGUCGCUCGGUGAAUUCUUCUUCCCGGGAAACUCCUCCCAAAAGCAAACCUGCUGAUGGUGAAGAGGUCAAAGCGGAUGCAGAAGUCACCUCUGAGGAAUCUGCCUCUGUUGGAGAAGAACAAGAGAAUGAAACCCUGCCUGCUGCAUCCAGUGAAGCAGAACAGCCAAAGGAACCUGAGAAUGAAGGGAAAGGGGAAGCAAAGUCCUCAGAAGAAACCAAAAAGGACGAGAAGGAUCAGUCUAAGGAAAAGGAGAAGAAGGUGAAAAAGACCAUUCCUGCAUGGGCUACUCUUUCUGCUAGCCAGCUAGCUAGAGCACAGAAGCAAACUCAGAUGGCUGCCACCUCACGUCCCAAAAUGGAUGCUAUUUUAACUGAGGCCAUCAGGGCGUGCUUUCAAAAGAGUGGUGCAUCGGUUGUUGCAAUACGUAAAUACAUCAUCCACAAAUACCCUUCCCUGGAGCUUGAGAGGAGAGGCUAUCUUCUAAAGCAAGCAUUGAAAAGGGAGCUGGAGAGAGGAAUCAUUAGACAGGUGAAAGGAAAGGGAGCUUCUGGGAGCUUUGUGGUGGUGCCUAAUGCAGGAAAAACUGUUCCAAAAGCCAGAGACAGAAAGAAAAGCACUUCCGCUUCGACUGCAGAGCAACAAGUCAAGCUGGAAGAUAUCCUGCCGCUGGCUUUCACCCGCCUUUGUGAGCCGAAGGAAGCUUCUUACAGCCUGAUCAAGAAAUACGUGUCUCAGUAUUACCCCAAACUCAAAGUAGAUAUAAGACCCCAGCUGUUGAAGAAUGCCCUGCAGAGAGCUGUAGAGAAGGGCCAGUUAGAGCAGAUCACAGGGAAGGGAGCGUCUGGGACAUUCCAGCUGAAGAAAUCAGGGGAGAAGCCCCUGCUGGGUGGGACUCUGAUGGAAGACGCCAUCCUGUCUGCUAUUGCGGCCAUGAACGAACCGAAGACCUGCUCCACCACAGCGCUGAAGAAGUAUAUCCUGGAAAACCACCCAGGGACCAACUCCAACUUCCAGGUGCAUCUACUGAAGAGAACCCUGCAGAAAUGUGAGAAGAAUGGCUGGAUGGAGCAAAUUUCUGGAAAGGGCUUCAGUGGAACCUUUCAGCUUUGCUUCCCUUAUUAUCCUAGCCCAGAUGUGCUCUACCCAGAGAAGCAGCAGGAUGAGGACUCUGAGGAAUCUGAUGAGGAAGAAGAGGAGGAAUCUGAGGAGGAAGAAGAAUCUGAAGAGGAAGAGUCUGAGGAGGAAGAGCCACCACCAAAGAAGAGGAUGCAGAAGAGACCGCCUCCAAAAUCACGGAGCAGGGCCCCUCCGAUGAAGCGAAGAGAGUCCAAACCCAAGCCAAGAAAAACCCCUGCAGCCCGCCGGGGGAAAGCAAAGCCCCCUCCCAAGGUUAAAACCCCUGCUAAGAAAGCCAAACCAGCAGCCCCAGCCAUCAAGAAACCCUCUGGUGGCAGCUCUUCCAAGAAACCAGCAGCCAGCGGGAGGAAGGAAGUGAAACCCUCUGCCAAGGGCAAAUCCACCAUGAGGAAAUCUCUCCGGGCAAAAAAGUAAAAUUUUUCCACUGUCAGGGAAUCCCAUGGUCAAAUCCACAAUCUUGUUUUAUAAGUCAACGUGCAUUUGUAUUUUAGUUCUGAUGCUUAAACACUUCUUUAAUUUUUUUUUUUUUUUUUCUUGAAUGGUGGGGAAAAAGCUGAAAACUAAAUCAAACCAACCCGAGCAUUUGUAAGAUCUCAAUGCUGUGCCUCGUGCCUGCCCCUCCCCUGGAACAAGUCAUCUUUAGUUUCUGCAAUAAUUUUAGGACUUUUCUAGGACAUAUAUAAUCUGUACAUUUUACGGUGUUCCUCUUGGGUUUGGGGGGGAGGGUUGGCUUUUAAAAAUUCUUCAGAGAAGAUCUUUAUAUCUUUAGACAGCAGGAACAGGAUGAUUGGGGGAAUGUGAUUCUUAAUGAGAAGGUACAACGGCGGAAGAGUCCUCCCUAGAUCCCCUGCAUGACGAGGUCCUUAACGCUUCUGUGAAGAAGCAGUGUAUAUACGGCACUUGCACUGAGUCCUGGAGGCGCUUCUUUCUGCUCGGCCGUUAGAGCGACAGGCUGAGGGGACGGCGCGUUUGGCUCCUUCAGACCAGCGAGGUUUGUUUGACGGUGAGUCAGAUCUUCAGUAAACGGAGGCUGCAGCGUCUGCUGAUCGUCUGAUGCCAGAGGGGCUCCAAAAGGGGUAGUUCUCGGUUAGGCGGGUGAUUUGAAUUAGUGUUUCCAUGCCACAUCUGUUACCUUAAAACCAAAAUAUAUAAAAGUCUUCUUGAAUCCAACUUUCAAAUGUUUUUAAGAGAUGAAGAGCCUGAGUUUUGUCACCUCUUGUUUACCCUUUUUUAAAGAAAAGUUGGAGAGCUAUACAAUUGCUAAUGUAGAGAUGUUGAUAAGUGAAGAACAUGCAGUUUGCUAAAAUAAAAUGAAACUAAAUUCCAGG